AUUCAAUCCGAAUCGAGCGCUUGAAGUAAACGAAUGUGUUUUCGCGUGCGGUUGAGCGCGAAUUUCCGAAACAUAAACGGUGUGCGUGAGCGUGUGUGUGUAUAUUGUUGUGUAGGCCAGCUAGCAAACGGCCACCAAUGCAGAAACAGAAUACAAGUGUGCAAAUGCAUAGCCAGUUAACGCAAAGAUUUUAAAUAGUUAAAAUAAGCGUAAGGUGCAGCAAAAAUUUGGAAAUAUAAUGAAGGCAAUUUUGAAGUUGAAGUGCUGAUUGGAAUUAUUUACUAAAAUUUGUGGAAAACUGUGUGAAAAGUGCUCGUGCGCAGGCAAAACACACGUAAAUUGUACGAAAGCAGUUAACAGUAGAAGCGUGGUGUACGAAGAAGCUGUAAAGAAAUAGUGGAAAAGCUGACACUGUAAAACGCUGUACGCUUACUAUAUUUUACAGUAUAAAACAAUGAAUACAGAUUUUUUUAUUUAAGUUUUUUCGUGUAAAAACAGUGCAACGAAAAGCCAAAAACCAACAACAAGUAUUGUGUAAAUGCCGCGGCAAAAAAUUAAUAAAAUAAUAAUAAAAAAGCAUUAAAAAAUGAGUGAUGAAACGAAAUGCCAAAACAAGUUCGGAAAAUCAAAGAAUUCCACAGCGGCUGCGUGACGGUGAAGACGAAACGUGCGCGCAAUAAAGACGAAGCGAGUGUGUCGCGAAGUGAACGUUGCGGUCUAAACGUGUGCGCGAGCGAGUGAACGAACGUGUGCGAGUAGCGGCGAGUUGCCAGCACAAUUGCAAUAAAAACAACAGUGCGAAGUAAUUUCUGUGUGUGUGCGUGUGUCGUGUACGGAAAAGUGCAACGACAGUCGUUGCAGCAACAAUAACAACGCAUGCACAAUAAGCAACGAGCAGCGCAUUACAAAAACAAAUUGGCGAGUUCGCUGCAAAGGAAUGUGAAAUAAAAGCAAAACACUAAGAAUAAAGUGUAAAUUGCAAUAAAAAGGUUCGAUAAACAAGAAAAAUAUAUACGUAAGUACGUACCUACAACGGGUAAACGGCUGCAACAGGCAUUGUGCAACUGUUUGUGUGAAAAGCGAAAAGUGCAGGAAAGCAGGUUUAUAAUGUAGCGAAAAGGCGAAAAGUGCGUGUUGUUGUUUUUUUAUGUGCGAAACAAAGGCGAAUUGCUCGUGAAGUUGCAGUGCUCGCUUAAAAAAAAAAAUAAAAAACGGUGAAAAUAAGUUUAUAAUACAUUAUGUACUUGCUUAUUGUUUUUGUAAAUAUAUAUUUUUACAAAUUAAUUUCUUUUUAGUUUAAGUGCGCUAACUUUUCUUAACGCAUUUUUGCCACUUUUUUGUUGUAAACAUAUUCGUUUUUGGUUUGCGUUACAAAAAGCUUGUAAAUAGCUAAAUUCCGUUUAUUUUUUUCAUUUCUUACCAAAGCAAUGAAGAUGAAUUGAUCAGCAACAUUAUUAUUUUUCAUUUUGUGCUUUAAAAACCGUUAAUUUCAAUAAAAUAAAUCACGUUCUUUCAAUUUCAAUCCCUGCUUGAAAUUAUGAAGAAUAAUCAAACAAAAAACGCCAACAACAAUAACACCAUUAAUAAUAACAAUAACAACAACAAUAAGAAUCUAAAUUACCUAAAUAAUAUCAAUAAGAAAUUCAACAACAAUAACAACAAAACAACAACAACGACAACAAUCACUAAUAGCAACAACGCAAAACUGCACAAUAAUAACAACAAUAAUAAUAAUAAUAAAAAUAAUAAGAAGAAGAAUAGCAAUAAGCGUACUCUACGAUUGGGUCGUAAUAAAAUGGGCGGCCGCAAGGAUGUGCGUCGCGGCCUCGAGCCACUCGAAUUCGAGGAAUGCAUUGUGGAUAGUCCAGAGUUUCGUGAUAAUUUGAAUCGCCACGAAAAGGAACUGGAUCACACUAGUCAUCAAAUCAAGCGUAUCAUUAAGGAGGUGAAAGAUUUGAUGAGUGCCGCUAAAGUACUUUCCACCCGCAUGAAACAAUUGGCCAACUUAAUGGACGAUUUCAAUUUCGAAUGCAUCGGCACAGCGCAAACAGAUGACGAGAAUGUCAUUUGCGAAAGUCUGAAACAUUUCGCCGCCAUAAUUGGAACCAUCGAAGAUGAGCGAGAAAAAAUGCUGACGCUGGCGGAUCAACACAUCAUUAUGCCGCUGGAGGAGUUUCGGAAGAAACAUAUUGGCGGCGUGAAGGAGAACAAGAAAAAGUUCGACAAGAAGACGGAGAAAUUUUGCCAGACACAAGAACGUUUCCUGAAUAUGUCAACAAAAAAGCCCGAGAACACGAUACAAGAGGCGGAUGCCAGUCUGGGUAUGCACGAACGUGAAUAUGUACAGGAGUCCUUGAGUUACGUGCUACGUAUACAGGAAGUGCAGGAGCGCAUCAAAUUUGAGUUCGUUGAAAUUCUGCUUGGCUUCAUCUCCGGCUGGUUGGUAUUCUAUCACACGGCGCACGAGCAGGCGGAGGACAAUCGGGAUUACCUGCAAGAUUUACGGCAUAAAGUGCAAAAGACACGCGAGAACUUCGAAGGCACUCGAGAGAAAGUCACUGAACUGAAGACAAAAUAUAUGGAAAAGAGAACGAAACCAGAGGAGAAAUUCACAAAACGUGGCUAUUUAUUUUUGAUGGAAAAAAGCUCGAUUUUGAAAAUCUCUCUUCUAGAACCCUUCAAAGCAACAUGGACGAAAUACUAUUGUACAUACAAGAAACAAAAGAAGGAAUUCACAAUGCUGCAAUUCAAUCAGAUGAAUCACAGUUCCACACGGCCUGAGGGACGUGAAGAGGAGAAACUAACAUUAUACUCGUGUCAUCCGCGCAAUUCGGAAUUUGAGAAACGUUUCUGCUUCGAUUUGACAUUCAAAGAGAAACCGGGUAUUGUUUACACAUUUCAAGCGCUCAGCGAGGACGAUCGGCAGGCGUGGGUGAAAGCAAUGGACGGCACCGAAUCGACCUACUUUGCUCCAGGCAAAGUGAAGGCUGGCGAGGAAUAUCAGUUGGAUGACAUGGGCUUCGCUUUUGUGCGCCGUUGCAUCGAUGUGCUGGAGAAGCGUGGCCUCGAGGAUGAGGGUAUUUACCGCAAGAGCGGUGUCGGUACGAAGAUUUCCAAACUCCUAUCAAUGGGUAUGGAUCACAAGAAGGCGGAUAGCGUUUUUAACGAUGAACAGUAUCGUGAUCUCAUGGAGAGCAACACCAUAGCGAGUGCGUUGAAGACGUAUCUGCGCAAUUUAAAUGAGCCGCUGAUGACCUAUCGCUAUCACAGCGGCUUCAUCGAGGCGGCAAAACAAGAGAGCUUGAAUCAGCGCGUGCACGAGGUGCAUAAAUUAGUACACAAGCUGCCACCGGUCAACUUCGAAAUGCUGGAUCUGGUUAUUAGACAUUUAACAGAAGUGUCACGCAAAUUUGAAAAGAAUAAAAUGUCGGUCUUCAAUCUGGGCGUUGUAUUCGGUCCGACACUGUUGCGGCCCCAGGAGGAGACCGUCGCUGCCAUAUUGGACAUCAAGUUCAACAACAUUGUUAUAAAUAUUUUAAUUGAGAAUUAUGAUCGUAUUUUUAAGAGUGACCCUAGCGCGCCACUGCUAAGCGCACCCAAUCCCACUAGUCCGCCGACGCGUGUACCACGCGCCAGUCAAGCCGGCAAGUCGCCAUCAGCGGGUGGCGGUGGCAGUGUGGGCAACGGCGCACGCACAUCCAUGUAUUCGCCGCAACAACAAGUAUACCGGCUGGUGACCAAGUCCAACUUUACGGAUCCACCGAUGUCAUCGAGUUUACAAAACAUUCCAAACGGCCUAAUCUACUCGCAUGGUAGUGGCGGCGGUGGCGGCGGAGGAGGAGGUGGUAAUGGUGGCGGCAUUAACCCGACGAAUCGCACAAACGGCGGCGUUGUAAGUGGACAUACCACCAACGGCAGCGGCCCGAAGAGCCUUGGCAUGAGCGUCAAUAUGGGUAGCGUGAAGAAUAUACAUUCCAUGUCGCAGAGUGACAUCAGCGUGCGCAGUUUGCGUGGCGGUGGCGGUGGUAGCGCUGUGAAUAGCAGCGCCGCUGAUGCCGUCUACGGCAUACUGGGUGGCGGUACAAAUGGUUCCGGCUUAACGGCACACCAUGCCACGCCCGCGAAUGCCACACAACUGCGUCAAGAUUAUCUAAUGGCCACCGCUACGCCGGCGUCUACCGGUGUGAUUAGUGGCGGGGGCGGUAUUUAUUCCACGGCCUCGGCGGGCAGCACAACACGUUUGAAUAUGAACAACGUUUCCCCACCGACGAUAUCAAUGCGCACCGAGGCGUUAUACGGCUCGACGGCGCUGACGGGAGGCGGCGGCGGUGGUGGAGGUGGUGGUGGUGUUGGACAGUCGCAACACUCCCGCAUGUCGUACGCGCAGGCAAAGCACUACUCGCCGGUGGCAGCGGCCGCCUCCACAUCUAGUUCCAAUGAGAGUGUCUGUGAUUCUUUAUCGUCGGCCAAUGGCAUCGGCGGUGGUAGCAAUAAUGGCAGCCGCUUGUUGGGCGGUUCACUGGACUACGCGCCACAUGCUUCGCAAGCGUCCUCGCUGUCGACGCUAUUGGGCUCCACCUGCGACGAUGUGGUAACGGCAACGGCGGCACCAUCUAUCAUUGGCGGCGGCGGCAGUUCGCCGAAAGAUGUCGAGUAUGUGCCGGUCAAGGCGCACCGCAACAAGGAAAUACAUCGAGAGUUGAAUAUGGGCACAGCGCGCGUGCGCACAUUAUACGCGUGUAUGGGCGAAAGCGAGGGUGAACUGUCCUUCGAACCAAAUCAGAUCAUCACUAACGUACGUUACUCACAUGAACCGGGUUGGCUGCAGGGCACGCUCAACGGUAAAACGGGACUUAUACCACAGAACUACGUCGAACACUUGAAACCAUACCACUAGAACUAGUUAUGAUCACCGUUAGAUAUAUGUAUAUUUGAUAACUAUUGCAGAUAUAUAGUAACCUAUAUAUUUAUCUAUAUAUGGGUGUGUAAGCCGUUUUGUAUGUGUAUGUAAACUAAUGAAGAAUGCCGUUAGUUGAAGUGACGGCAAGCAUUUGAAAAUUGGUGUGAUGUAACAGUAAAAGUACGUAAAGUGCUUGUAGUUAAUUAGUUGCGUAAGUAGCAUUAAAAAAAAAAAAGAAAGCGAAGAAUCGGCGAAAAUAAAAAUGAAAGAAAAUAGAAAAUAAAAGCAAAUAGUAGUGAACCGCUAUGUCAGCAAGCAAAAACGUAGAUUAGCUUAGUGUAAAGCCACGAAUUCCCGUAAAACUAUUGCAAAGCAAUAAAAUUUAUAAAACUAUUACAACAACAACACAAGCAAAAGUCCAUAACGCACGAAAUUUCAGGAGCGUGUCACCACCAAGCAAACGCACAGUACCCAACAAAACCCCAAAAGAAAUGCAACAACAACAAAUUUACAAUCGCAUACACACACACACACUUAUGGAGAAACCGACAGACAGACACACGCCAACACACACAUGCACAGUUUUACACAUAUAAAUAUAUACAUACACAUUUAGCCACAGCUUACAACAAAAAUAAAUAAAUAAAAGUAAUUACAUACAUAUAUACAAAUAUACAUACAUGCAUAUAUAAAUAUUUUCUCUACUUUUACAACAAUACAAAACCACAAAAACCUAAUUUUGUAUGCAAAUGUGUAAUUAUUAAAAUGAAAUUGAAAAACAAACUAAAAUUAUAACGAAAAGAAAAACAUUUUAUUUAAAGAGCGCAAACGUGAAUGCUAACAAACAAAUAAAACAACCAACAACAACAAAAAGAAACACAUGUAAAAGCUUAGUAUUAGUAAUAAUUACUCCACUGUGAGUAUGUUUGUAUGUAUUAAAUGAUAUCCAUUGAAACGAAACUGAGAACUUAAAAUUUCCCUUAAGCUAAUUUAUUAUUUGUAAACGCUUUACUUUUGUUGCACUUUUGAAAGCAAGCGCAGCGCAAAAGCGUAAAAAAGAAAAAAACACAAGUUGAAAGUUGAAAAUUGUACGAAAAUGUGAGCAAAAACUAUUAGUUUACUUUGUAAAUAUAUACAUAAAUAUAUAUAUAAAAAUAUAUUAAAAAAAUUAACAUUUUUAAGUGAAUAAUAAAAAUAAAAACUAUGCGAAAAUUACAAUGAAA